AUGCCGUCACCUCCCUACUGCAAUCCUAUUUCCAGGACACAAGUUUCAAAAUUUGGAGAGUUCCUAAAGUGGGUCCAGAGCCUUAACCACUUAUCUGAGGAUCCUGGAACCUCUGCCCUUGAGAUUUCAGAUGAUGUUACCAUUGGCGGUCGAGGCGUCGUGGCACGAUCUUCAAUCCCCGCUAGUGACAGUUGCCUUUUAUCAGUUGAUGUAAAUGAUCCACGUCUAGUUAUUACGCCCGCUCGAGCUCUUCGUCUUCUUAAUCAAUGUUCUUGUACUUCCAGAAAGCUUUGGGCGACACCAUUUACUACCUCUUUAGAACCCCAAGAUGUCCUUGUGGUGUUCUUUCUACAUAUCAAAUUAGCAGCCUCUAGUGGGAAAUGUGAUUUGUGGCGGAUCUGGCGAACUUAUUUCGACAUGUUGCCUGAGACAUUCUCUGAUGUCGCUUAUAUAUCAUCUCACGAACCUGCGAUGUUCGCCAAAAUUUUACCUCUCUUGCCCAUGUCGAUGAAAUACGCCUUUUCUUUGCAGGUUCAGAAAAUGAAGAAUUCAUACAAACGUAUUUUUGGAAAUUCAGGCUCUGAAACGUCAGAAUUAGACUUUUCGUGGGCUUGGUCGGUUGUUAAUUCACGGUGUGUUUACGUCAAUCUUGGUCGAUGGGCCGAAGGUAAAGACUUAUUCCCAUUGAGUUCUGCUCCCGUUCUACGAUUUCGGUCUGGUUGUAAUGCUAACAUUGCUAUUGUUCCAUUCUUUGAUUUCUUCAACCACUCUCCCCAUGUGUCUGUCUCAAUCGAGGUCACGGAUGGAAUUUUACGGUUGAAAACAAAUACGCAUUAUCAACCAGGCGAGCAGGUUUUUAUUAAUUAUGGCAGCCACGACAACCUCUUUCUACUUUGCGAAUACGGCUUUUGCAUUCCUGGGGAAAUGAAUCCCUGCGAGUCCAUUUACCCCACUUAUCGGAACUUAUUGUCUAUAACUCAGUCUCCAAAAAAGUUACAAUACGCAAUCGCUAACUUACAGCUAGACGUUCCCGCCGAGAAAACCGAGGAUACAGUAUGGAAAUCUGUUUAUAUAGCUUCUGGUAACGGUCCGUCUUACUACCUCGUUCUAAUUCUUUUUGCUGUUUUUUCUGAUGGUGAAGAGAUACCGUCAUUGGAUGCACUUUUUCGUCUUGACGAAAGUGAUCGUUCUCCUCCAGUAAGCCAGGGAUUUCGUCGUCUUGUAUGCACUCUCAUCCAGGAACAUGGUGCCGCUCUUCAAGCCUUAAUUGCUCUGAACAGCCCCGGUCUGUUUAUGGAGCAACUCGUUACAAUAAUAAGUUCGCGAUGUGAUUUACUUUCUUCCUUAGUGUGA